GUUGGUAUUUGCUAAGUGUCUGCCUGCCAUUUUGUAAGAUAGAAGGGAGAUAAAAAAUAGUUUUAUGGUGUUAAAAUUUUAUAAAAACUCCGUUGCCAUUUGUAUUAGGGCCAAAAACAAAUGUUUAAAUGGACGCAUCGUCCAUUAUAACUCAAGUGUCACGGGAUGACGAACAAUUAAACAACUAUGGAUCCGACAGAGGAACGACGCCCAGCGGCCAGCAUAAUGAAGGGGAUGGUACCCCGGUGUCGGGGUCGACGGCUCUGGGCGGCAAGAAAUCGAGUGGUGGCGGAGGGUUUCUGCGAUCCCUUCUGUGUUGUUGGCGAGGUGGCAGAGGCAAGGGGCCGCCCGGCAGCAAUGGUGCAAACAGCAUCGAUGGCCGGGCUUCUCCCCCACUGCUGGUCAUGUCGGACCAUGCACCCCGCCCAUUGUUACCACCAGUAAGACAUCAGGACAUGCAUAAAAAAUGUAUGGUCAUUGAUUUGGAUGAAACUCUGGUUCACAGUUCAUUUAAGCCCAUCAACAAUGCGGACUUCGUGGUGCCCGUGGAGAUCGACGGUGCGGUGCAUCAGGUGUAUGUGCUGAAGCGGCCGCAUGUCGACGAGUUCCUGCGUCGAUGCGGGGAGCUGUACGAGUGCGUGCUCUUUACAGCUUCCCUCGCCAAGUACGCGGACCCCGUCGCUGACCUGCUAGAUAGAUGGGGCGUGUUCCGCGCGCGCUUGUUCCGUGACAGCUGCGUGUUCCACCGCGGCAACUAUGUGAAGGACCUCAAUAGCCUCGGCCGGGACCUGCGGCGCGUCGUCAUCGUCGACAACUCGCCCGCCUCAUACAUCUUCCAUCCGGAUAACGCUGUACCUGUCGCGUCCUGGUUCGACGACAUGACAGAUUCAGAACUAUUAGACCUGAUACCGUUCUUCGAGAAGCUGAGCAAAGUCGACAGUGUGUAUACAGUGCUGCGUAACUCCAACCACCCGUACAACCCGGCGCAGGGCAGCCCGCCGCCCGCAUAGCCGGCACUCGCGCCCCCCGCACCCCCCGCGACCGCC